AUGCAGCUGCUCCUGGCCCUGGCAGGAGUCCUAGCCACACUCAAGCCUGCCCAGCCCUGGGAGGGCACUGCCGCAGCCUCUGCCGGAGCAGUGGAGACCUCAGUCCUCCAGGACUGCAUAGCAGAGGCCAAGUUGCUGGUGGAUGCCGCCUACAACCGGACCCAGAGGAGCAUAACGCAGCGCCUGCGCAGCGGCUCGGCCAGCCCCAUGGACCUCCUGUCCUACUUCAAGCAACCAGCAGCGACCACCAGGACAGUCAUUCGGGCUGCGGAUUACAUGCAUGUGGCCUUGGGGCUGCUGGAAAAGAAGUUACAACACCAGUGGCCCAGACCCUUCAAUGUCACCGAUGUGCUGACGGAAGCCCAGCUGCGGCGACUGUCCCAGGCCAGUGGCUGUGCUGUCCAGGACCAGGCUGAGAGGUGCAGCAACAAGUACCGCACCAUCACCGGGAGGUGCAACAACAGGAGGAGACCCUUGUUGGGAGCUUCCAACCAGGCCCUGGCCCGCUGGCUGCCCGCCAGGUAUGAGGAUGGACUGUCACUUCCCUUCGGCUGGACCCCCAGCACGAGGCGCAAUGGCUUUCUCCUCCCUCUCGUCCGGGCCGUCUCCAACCAGAUCGUGCGCUUCCCCACGGGGAAGCUGGCCUCCGAUCGGGGCCGGUCCCUCAUGUUCAUGCAGUGGGGCCAGUUCCUCGACCACGAUCUGGACUUCGCCCCAGAGUCCCCAGCCAGAGUGGCCUUCACUGCGGGCGUUGACUGUGAGAGGACCUGUGCCCAGCUGCCCCCUUGCUUUCCCAUCAAGAUCCCACCCAAUGACCCCCGCAUCAAGGACCGGCAUGACUGCAUCCCCUUCUUCCGCUCGGCCCCCGCGUGCCCCCAAAGCAGGAACACGGUCCGAAACCAGAUCAACGCGCUCACCUCCUUCGUGGACGCCAGCAUGGUGUACGGCAGCGAGGUCACUCUGGCCCUGCGGCUCCGAGACCGGACCAACUACCGAGGGCUGCUGGCCGUCAACACCCGCUUCCGCGACAAGGGCCGGGCCCUGCUGCCCUUCGACAACCUGCGCGAGGACCCCUGCCUCCUCACCAACCGCUCGGCGCGCAUCCCCUGCUUCCUGGCAGGUGACUCCCGAUCAUCGGAAACUCCCAAACUGGCAGCCAUGCACACCCUCUUUAUGCGAGAGCAUAACCGGCUGGCCACCGAGCUGCGGCGCCUGAACCCCUGGUGGACUGGAGACAAGCUGUACAACGAGGCUCGGAAGAUCGUGGGAGCCAUGGUCCAGAUCAUCACCUACCGAGACUUUCUGCCCCUGGUUCUGGGCAAGGCCCGGGCCAAGAGAACCCUGGGGCCCUACAGGGGGUACUGCUCCAAUGUGGACCCGCGUGUGGCCAAUGUCUUCACCCUGGCCUUCCGCUUCGGCCACACCUUGCUCCAGCCCUUCAUGUUCCGCUUGGACAGCCGAUACCAGGCCUCGGCACCCAACUCGCAAGUUCCUCUCAGCUCUGCCUUCUUUGCCAGUUGGCGAGUCGUGUAUGAAGGUGGCAUCGACCCCAUCCUCAGAGGCCUCAUGGCCACCCCUGCCAAGCUGAACCGGCAAGAUGCCAUGGUAGUGGAUGAGCUCCGGGACAAGCUGUUUCGGCAAGUGAGAAGGAUUGGGCUGGACCUAGCGGCUCUCAACAUGCAACGCUCCCGGGAUCACGGCCUUCCAGGGUACAAUGCUUGGAGGCGCUUCUGCGGGCUCUCCCAGCCCCGGAAUCUGGCACAGCUUAGCCGGGUGCUGAAAAACCAGGAUUUGGCAAGGAAGUUCCUGAAUCUGUAUGGGACGCCUGACAAUAUUGACAUCUGGAUAGGGGCCAUCGCAGAGCCUCUUUUGCCAGGGGCCCGGGUGGGGCCUCUCCUGGCUUGUCUUUUUGAGAACCAGUUCAGAAGAGUCCGAGAUGGAGACAGGUUCUGGUGGCAGAAACGGGGCGUUUUCACCAGAAGACAGCGCAGGGCCCUGAGCCGGAUUUCCUUGUCUCGAAUCAUAUGUGACAAUACCGGUAUCACCACCGUUUCAAGGGACAUCUUCAGGGCCAACAUCUAUCCCCGGGGCUUUGUGAGCUGCAGCCGUAUCCCCAGGUUGAACCUGUCGGCCUGGAGAGGCACGUAAGGCUUCUGCAGGUAAGGCGAGGCCUCCUCCAGCAGGGCCGGGCUGGAUCACACCCCACAUCCUUCCCUGGAUGGGAUAGCUGAGUUCUCUUAGGCCUCUAAGCAGAACGGAACUUGUCACUAGGGACAGGGUACUCCUCCCUAGUGUCUUUCCAAUAUGAUAGCUUUUGGGCUCACAGUCAAUCCCAGGGCCUAGGACUUUGGGGGACAAUUAGGAAGUGCCCAGCCAUCCCCAACUUGGUCACUAAUACUCUAAAACAGCUCCACUUCUGGAUGUCCAGCAAAUUCCUCACUUAGCCAGGUCUGCUCUUUCCACAGGAGUCUGUCCCAAGCUCCAACCAUUGGAGACACAGGGAAAGGGAAGACUAUGAGGCUGCCUUCACCCUCUGGAGCAACUGUGUUCUGCUGAUGCUUUUGCUGGCUAUACCUCAGAGUUGGCUGGGAGUGACAACUGGUGCUCCUGGCAGUAGUGGACUCACCUGCCUUAGGGGCUUCUUAGGUAUUAGGUUAUGAACGGAGCCAGGUACACCAAGCCAUGCAGCCUUGAGGCCCAGGCAAGAAGAGCCAGCUAGAGGGUUUCCAGCUCCUUUCUUCUGUUUCCCAGGCCCUCCCCCACCUGACUGGGAGACCACACAGUCCCAGCCUCCAGCCACCCUACAAUCCUCCCCUGAGCCUGCGGCCAGGCAGCAUGCUCUGCUUUUCCCAAUAAAGCACUGCUGAGGGCA